UACUACCCUCGCUACCCUUGUAACGGUGUGACACGCGCAGUCACGAACACACGCGCUUGAUUAUGAUUCUGUUCUUGUAAAAGCUUCUGACGCUAGGCUUUGGAGACCAGAAAUACCCUCGUGACGUGAACUAAUCAGAAGUGUUCGGCGGGUGCACGACGCGCUACCCGGAAGAGAGCGAUUCAGUGUCAGUCGUGACUGGGGUCAACUGGGGUCACACUCUGCACACGGCAGUCCGGGUUGCCUUCGUGCGCUUUGCUUGGGUUCGUGUGAGACCUGCCUCAGGGUGACUUCACGAUCCUGACCUGUGUGGAUGUGUAGCUGCACGAAAACUCCGUCGUCUACAUGGAUGUGGUCAAGCUGACUGACCUCGCUGCACUCGCUGACAUCGAAGGAGCUGAAGUGCUCGGAGUGCUAGCGGAGCGAUUCAAACUCCAACAGUACUGCGUAGACUUAUUUUGGUGACUUUCUCCUGAGUUUCAACCCCUGCCAUGACACAGGCGAAAAUGAAGAAGAGCUCGGUCGUGAGAUACGAGACCUCAAGCCGCUGCAGCAGCAACCUCUCCACGUCCUGGGCCUGGCCCACCGCGUGCACCAGGCCCUCCUGGCCGGCGCCCCCGCCCACUGUGUCCUCAUCACUGGCAGACCAGGAUCCGGCAAAACUCGAGCCUCAAAGCUGGUCAUCACGCAGUUGAUGAGAGAGUCCCGGCUAUCUCCUCUCUCUGGCCUGGGUUCCCGUGUUACUUUGGCGCUGCACAUGCUGGAGGCCAUGGCGCGUGUCCGAACACCCGUAAACGCCGCUUCCACCCGUGCAAUCAGGACGACCACGCUGUUCUUUCAUCCAGAAGACAGGCAGAUGGUAAUGGCGGAGAUGGGGAUUCUGUGCCUUGAGAAAUGGCUGCUGGUCUAUAGGCCAAAAGGCUGGGGUACCUUCAGUGUCUUCUACUCCAUGUUGGCUGGUAUGAGCAAGAGAGAGCAGGAGAUGUACUACCUUCUAUCCACCUACAGGCUGCUGGAUGCAGGUGACGGAUCGAACCUUUUCCUGGAUCGUCAGGACUACGCACGCAGCGGCGGCGCCUUUGGCUUCUUUGUCAGCGCCAUGGCGCAGCUGGGACUCGACCACACGUUUCAGAACUAUGCUGGUCACGAGUUAUCUGCUCUCCUGGCUUUGCUGGCCACCAUCUUGCAUCUGGGGAACUUAACCGUGAUGGUGCACCCGCACACCGGCCGGCCAGCGUUCUCGAACCCAGAGGAGCUGAGAGCAGCUGCAGAUUUGCUGGGGGUCAGGUCAGACUACCUGGAAGGAGCUUUACUCAACAACACAACUCAAGUCGCAGGAGAGGUGGUCCAGGCUCCAUAUACUUUACAACAACUGCCGUACAUUAUCGACAUGGCCGUCGUGGAGUUGUACCAUCGUCUGUGUGCCAUCGUCUCUAAGAAGAUCAAAAUGGCGCUGUCUCUGUCACCAGAGGAGUUGUGUAACACACGACUGACAGCAGUGUGUGUCGUGGACUCUGUGGGUGUCGACACAACUGGACUGCAGGGUCUGGACAGUUUCCAGCGCAACAUGGCUGCCGAGGCGAUGGAGAACUACCUCAACGCCGCCAUCUUGCAGAGGGACGUGGACUGCUGUGAGCGCGAGGACAUCGCGGCCUACAGAGUGAAGUACAUGGACAACACACUGCUCGUGCAGGCCGUGUUUACACCACAGACCGGCCUGCUCGACCUCCUCCUGCACCAGUCUGGACCCCAGACGGAAGCCGCCAGAGAGCUCGUGCGUAGUCUGUGCAAGAACAAGGCUUAUAAGAAGAAUAAGAUCUUCUUGAAAUGCAAAGAAAAACAUUUGUUUACUGUUAAACACUUCUUGAGCCAGAUGACCUAUGAUGCCAGUGACUUGUUGGCAAGGUCCAGAGCCUCCUUUCCAGACUCCAUUGCCCAGCUGCUGAUCUACGGCGCCAAUCCGUUGGCCAAGGAGAUAGCCUAUGACGUCACUCAGCAACAACGCGGGUAUGUGCCUGAGGAGUCACAGACAUUCACAUCGCACAGAAAUUUCAAGGACGAAAUAAGUUUUCUCCGUCAUCGCCUUGACAACAGCAGUCUUCAUUACAUCAGGUGCAUGCGUCCUAACCCGGGUGCGGUGCCAGGUCAGUUUGACACGGCGGAAGUGACGUCUCAGAUGAAGGAAGCCAACAUAGUGGAGGUUAUUCGUCAGAGGAAGCUGGGAUACUCUGCAUGCAUGACUCACGCGGACUUCGUCAGGAGCUUCCGUGCUCUGAGAUUUCAUUCAUCAGUCAGAAUCGAGAAACUUCUGGAAGCAUGCCGGCUAAUUUUAACAGCUGCAGAACUUUUGGGCCGCGGACCUGUCUUGACCAAAGAAUCAGUAUUUCUCCGGUACUGGCACGUGCAGCGACUCCACGCUCUGAUGGCGGAGUACCUGCACAAGGUGGUUGUGUGUCAGAGUGUGGUGCGCGGCUAUCACGUGCGCAAACGUCUGGGUGGCUCCCUGACACCGGAAGAACAAACAAGCAGGAUUCAGCAGUUCUGCGAUCACGUGGCUCUACUGGGAGGCGAGGCCUGGAGAACCACAAGAGAUCAAGCGGACAUUGAUGGGGCCAUGGCGGAAUUAAAUCGAGCUUCAAGCGGCUGGCAUCACCAUCAAAGACCGCACGCCGACGUCGUUGACACAUCAAACAUCAUCGCCACAGAACAUCCCGCUACUUUCCGAGAGGAACUUAUUUACGGAGUACUCGUGUCCCUGAACAAGCUCGAGUCAAAAACCUGGGGUAAGGUGAUUUACAUGGAGAGGGGGAGACAAGUCACCAGCACCUACCUGAGUUCACGCUCGGUCGUGAUCGACGGUUCCUUUACCUCAGUGGACGAAGACAGUGCUGAACGAGCCACGGUUGCCAAGUUUGGCUUAAGACAGUUCCAGAAUCGCCUGAGAGACAGAGACACUGCAUAUUUCCGCGACCAGAUUCGCGAGGGCGUGCGUUUAACGGGUGACUCUGACGGCAACAUUCUAGCGUGUCGUCUGACGGAGCUGACUGUCACGGUCAAAGGUCUGCAACAGCCGCAUUCCUUCUGUCUCUCUGCUGACGUCCUCCUGCAAAAGGGCAAUCUCCCCUUUGAUGAGACAAUCAAGAUAUUUGACAUGAAAGAAUUCCGAAGCACAAUCGCACUGGAACUGAAGCGAGGAGAGUUUUCCAAGGAGAGACUGCGUCGCGCGUGCUUGGUGGGCCUCAGCUUUGGUCAAGAUGACGCAGACGACCUCGAGACGCCAUGUUGGCUGUACAUCAUUAGCAUCAGCGCCCUUAAGGAGCUCGAGUCACCAGAAGUAAAACGCCAGGCACAGCAGCAGGCCGCCUUGGCGCAAAUGAAGUCAGAAGACAAAUACAAAGAAAGUGCAGCCAAGCAACGGACGGACAGAUCCAGGUGGGCGAAGUCUGACCAGAGAGACCACCUGGCCAACAAAGAAGCGGGCAUGCGUCAACUGAGAGAGCAGCUGCGGGCCAAAAAACAGUUGGUUGGAGAAAGUAUCGGUUAUUACAGCUGGGAAAUUCAACCUAGCAAAGACCGGACUACGAUGGAAGCAUUACAGAGGCCUGCUGCUCCCAAAAUAGGGAGGUCAGGGGAGCGCGUGCGGCAGUGGGCCAAGCUGGAGACCGCCAUCAAGAUCAGUCACAUCAAAGCUGCCAAAGAUGCCUCUAACGACCAGACUUCAGGACAAGACUGAAUAACGGCCUUCAGACGAUGACCCUCCAUACUACAGCCUGAGUGCAUUUGUUGUCUUCUGGCCUGUCUCUUCCAAGAGGGUUUUUUAGUGCUUCUUUUGUCCGGAAGUAGAACAGUUCUUUGAAAUGGAAUCUGUCUUUGUAGCUGCAUUGGCAGUAAAUCAUGUUUUGUUUUCAUGAACAUGAACAACUGAACCAUCAAGAUUGCUGCGAACUGUGCUUUUCUAGUAAGAAUGCAGAAAAGGUGUCGAGAAAUUGGAAAUGUAAAUAGUUCCUGUCGAUUGAGAUGAACAUGAUAAUAAUGUCGCAUUUCUGACGAGAGAUUUUGCAUGAUGAAAAAACUGUCAUCUGAAGCCACGAGCUUGAAGAUCUGUUGUCUGUUGAGAGUAAUGUGUGUUGUGAAAGUUUCAGUGGCGAUAACACGUGACAAACAUACUGUGACGACUGGGUAGUUUCAAAUGUCUUACAAGUGAAGUGCUGUCCAAAAUUGACAUUCAGUCAGCGAUGAUAAUAAAGGAGGCAAAAACGAGCUUUAAAAUUUAAUACAAGAAAAUGUGAUUAAAAUAAUAUUUGACGACAAUAUAUUUGAAUCAUUCUUUUGAGGGACCCAAUAAAAACAUGAAA